UAGCCGCUGCCGCCACCAGAAGCAGUCUCCAGUCGGUCGUCCGCGCGCCACCGAAGAGGCCGGCCAGCGAGCGUUCGGGUCGAAGACGUCGCUAUUGUGCACCGCACUCUGCCUGCCGGGACUGUCCGCUAGCCGUGGGAAGCAGGUGGAGUCUCUGAAAAGAUGGAGGGGUUUGAGUACAACGCGACGUCCGGCGACUCACCUCUGGUGCUGCCACCUGUGAGAGUGUCGGCGAUGUCCGUCAACAGGACAGCUGGUGCCACCUGUGAGCCUGAGAUGGUACCCUCUCUAAGGCAGUACUACACCGCGAUGAACGUGGUGGGGAUGUCGCUGUUCUCUGCGGGGGCGAUGGCCGUGGCGGCGACGCUGCUGCUCUACGUGGACACCCUGCGUCACGUCAUCGGCAGGGCGCCCUCCGCCGUCAAGACGCACACGGCGCUCGUGCUCUCCAUAUACCCGGUGGUGGCGUCGGUGACCUACUGUGCUGUGGUGGUGCCGCGCGCGCAGCUGCUGUCGGAGGCGGUCACGCAGGGCAGCUUCAUGGUGUGCCUGUACCAGCUGUUCUGCCUGCUGGUGGCCUACUGCGGCGGUGAGGCGGAGCUCAUCCGGCGCGCCAAGCCCAGCUCCCUGGACCCAGCCGUGGGGCCCUGCUGCUGCUGGCCGUGCUGCCGGCUCUGCCUCAAGCCGGCCGCCGUCAACAAGUGCAACGUCCGCAAGCUGCGACUGUUGGUUCUGCAGCUGCCGAUGGUUCAGGGCCUUAUCUACAUGGUGCUGCUGGUCAUGUGGGCAGAAGAGGAGAGCCUGUACCAGGUGAACUACAUGUACCUGCAGCCGGUGGUCGUGCUGUCCAUCCUGUGUGCCAUCUGGGGGAUCUCGAUGACGCUGCGGCUGCUGGCAGAGCUGCUGUCGGGCCACCAUGCACAGGCCAAGUUCCUCGCACUGCAGUUCGUACUGCUGCUGGCCAAGCUGCAGGGACUGUCUGCGCGGGCCGCAGUGUGGACGGGGCUGCUGCCCUGUCGGCCCCCUAUCACGCCUGCCGUCUACAGCAACUUGGUGUACAACUCUCUGAUGCUUGGUGAGAUGGUCAUCCUCAGCAUAUGGGCACGGUCGCUGUAUAAGAAGCCGCUUCCGGACAUGGGGCUGCCGGCACAGCGCCCCAUGGAAGUGUGUGUGCUCAGCAACCUGUAUCCACAUGUACUUUCCUCUCUCAACAACAACACAAUAACCUGCAAUAACAACAACACAGGUGUUGUCAAUAAUAACAGCAACAACAGAAAUGGCAGCUGUAGCAAUGGUGAAAGGAAUGAAGAUGACUCUGGAAAGAGCUGAUUGCAGAUUUUGUGGCUCACUGAGCGAUAGACAGUAACGUGUGAUAAUGUUUUCUGGAGUGGAUGAUGAAAGACAUUUUUAUGGUGCUUAAGCCUCUGGGCUUUAAACUAGAAUGUGACAGUGAUGCAGGUUUAAUCUCAUAUUAGUGACUUAGUGUAACAUUUCCGACAGGAGAUGAACGAACGAAUGAGAGGGAGGCUCUGGACUCGCAGCCUGUCAUUGCCAACUGUUUAUGCUUUGGUCAGUACAUUCUGUUGAUAUUAGUGGUAUUAUGUUGGCAAUGAACAUCACAUUGCUAAGAUUUUUAAAAGUAGUAAAAGUUCAUAUUUUGUACAGCACAUUACACAAUGCAGUCAUAAGCAAUGUACUCAUGUCAAAUGCUAAACGCAUUUCAUACAGUUGUAACACAAACAGCCUUAUGCAGUACCAAAAAAACAUAAGAGUUUUUCCUCUGUGCAUGUCUCACUUUCUUUUUUGCACAAGUAAUUGUUGCUAGAGCCUAAUAAGAAUACUCUUCAUGACUGUGCUUUUGCUGCACCAAUGAACAAUAUGUUCAGGAAUUCUUUUAAAAAAUAGCAUAUGUACAUAGUAGUGAAAUGCUGUUGUAUAAUGUAAUGUCUUGACCAAAACAUCCAAUGAAUCACUAUAAACUACAACUACAUAUAUUUAAAAGAAAGAGUACCAGAAUAUUAAUUCCAAUUUUUUUAGCUACACUUAUCAACACCAUCAAUGCAUUCAGAAUAAUGUAUUCCAUAUAAUAAAACCUCAUGUUCAACAAGCAUGUAUUUGUCACAUACGAUUGUUAUUUCAAAUGCAUAACAUGAAAAAAUGAGUAGUAUUUUUUUACAUAUUUUAAUGAAUAAAAGGCAAUAAACCACACUGUACAUCAAUGUCUCAGAUGGCACAUGGUUCUGUUGUACCAGAUAGUUUUGAUACAGAGAAACAAUUCAGUCUAGAAAUAAUGCCUAGGCUAUGGCUGUGCCAUUUUGCAAUGAUAUUCUUUCUUACAGGAGUGCUAGUCCAGCAACACAAACGAGGGCUUCUGUGCAGUUGGAAAAGAUGAAGAGACUACUGAAGCCGUGAGGGAAGGACAGGAAUCGUGUCUGGAUAGCUUAGUUGUCAACGACCAUGAAAGUUAAGGUUCUAAGUUCUAUGCCAGUUCCAUCAUACAGUUUGUAUCUGUCAGUAAAUUUUGGAACAGCACAAACUCCACUGUAGAGUCAAAGUCUUAUCAGUCAAAACCUUUAGGUCAUUACUAUUUCAGUCACUGUUUCCCCUUCAACAAUUUUGUAAUAAAAUAUACAAUGUACCAAAUCCCAGGCUGC